CACCUUUCCAGCUCCACUUAAAUUUUGGCAGUACCCCAAUUGGUUUGGGUAUACACCCCUAAAGAAUUUGUUCGGGAAAAACAUUUCAAAAUUUUCAUGUCGCGGCAAAAAUAUGGGAGACGAAAAUAGAGAAGCUCAAUCCAAGCACCGCAACAAAGGAUCUACUGAUUGUGGCAUUAAAGGGAUGGAAACUAUCGUUGCUUCAGUCAGUGGUUAUCAUGGUUGCGAAAGAUUUAAUCUUAUAAAGCUUAUUAACCACACUGGUGCUAAUUACGUUGGCAGAAUGAGCAGAUCGAUCACACAUCUGGUUUGUUGGAAAUUUGAAGGAAGUAAAUAUACGCUUGCUCUAGAGCUUGGAACUAUGAUUGUUAGCCAUAGUUGGUUUGAGGAUUGUGCUAGGGAAGGAAGACGCCUUCCUGAACAUCCUUAUCUCAUGCAAAGUGGUCACCAAGUAGGACAUCUGUUGUGGGAACCUCCAGUAGAUGUUUUGAGAAAGAGCUUAUCAAGUAGAGAGAACGGCACUUUGUUCUACGACAGACCGAAUAUAUUCAAGAACACCAAGGAAGUGGAGAUUGAUAAAGAGUCUUUGUGGCCGAGUUUUCAUUUGCUAAGCAAGGAGUUACUUUCUGAUAGGGGUAAGAAAACCAUGAUGGUAGGUACAAGUAAGAACAUCAAAUUGGGGAACCAAGACAACUUGCUGGAAAAACCUUUUAAAGGUAGCAAGAAGCGUGAAGGAUCUAGUUUAAGUGCUUCAGUUCUCUCCGGUAAACAGACGAGGAGUACCUAUGGUGUUACUGGGAGCACAAGUAAGGAUCAACCUACUCGCAAGAGUCGGCGGCUUGUGAAAAAGAGUGCAUCCAUAGUCCCUCAUGAACCUUACAGAUUUGAUUACGAUCAAGAAGGUUUUCCAUCUGAACAUUGUGACAGGAUUUAUAACAGCGCUAAUGGUGCAUCUAAUGAUUCCGAUGAUUCAUUAACUAUACUGGGUUGUCAGCAAGAACGUCCUCCAGCCAAAAGAAACCAAAGCAGCACUGCUAGUACUUCUGAUGGUUCGAGAAAUGAGGAUCCAGUGAUACCCCAAAGGUCAAAUUUGGCAGACUUUGCCUACAUGGAAGAAAAUAUGAAUGAAGAGCAGGAAGUUGUUGAAGAUAUCUCGGUAUUGAAUAAUGUCGCUAUUACUAGUGAUUUGUGUAUAUCAAAUAAUGUUGAGAUACCUUCCCAAGAAAGGAUGCCAUCAGCUAGAGCUUCAGAUUUUGAUGGUGCGGAUGGAACACACAAGGAUGUUGGUGAAUCUGAUGCCUUGAACAAACUAGCAGAAUUGUCUUGUGUAAUUUGUUAUACAGAUUUUAGUUCAACAAGGGGUGUGUUACCAUGUGGACAUCGAUUUUGUUAUUCUUGCAUUCAGGAAUGGGCUGAUCACACGGCUGCAAGGAGAAUGGUUUCAACAUGUCCUUUAUGCAAGUGUGGUUUCUUGCGCAUCACAAAAUUAGAAGAUGCCGACUCUGCUGAUCAGAAGAUAUAUUCACAAACUGUUCCAGGUCCCUCAUCAGCCACAAACAAUAUUUUCAUGCUUUCUGAUUGGGAAAACCCUAAUUUUGGAGCUCAGCAUUCUUCAGCACCCGUUUGUUGUGAAUGUCGUUCUCGGGAGCCUGAGGAUCUUCUUGCUAGUUGUUCUAUCUGCAGGAAUCGUUGGAUCCAUUCCUACUGCCUAGAUCCUCCUUUAUUUCCCUGGUCAUGUAGUAGCUGCAGGGGUCUCCGAACUAUGUAUCAACGACAAUAUUGAUACAGGUGCAUUUAGGGAAUUUGAAUAUUAACACCUUUUCCUUGUUCACCAAGAAAUUUGGCAUUGUCUAGUAAAAGAAAGAUCGAAACUGAGGCUGAGAGUCAGAGUGGCAUUUUAGGGAAAGAAUUAAUGAACUUUCAUUUCCAUGAGCAAUCAUUUGUAGAGAAUGCUGAUUCCCUACAUCACCCGUGUGAAACAAGUGUGAUGUAGCAUGGAAAUUGAAUGGGCCUGGAAACCAAUUUUGAAGAUGCCAUUCAGGAGAGUUCGCUAGGUGCCAUCCAGUUACCUGUAACGAUCAAGUUCAUGACUAGGUUGUUGACACCAGUCAGAAACUACGAACUACAGCUUCCUAGCUUAUCAAAGGAUUGUGGCCUGUAGAGUUUUGCUGCAGCGCUGGGUGAUGUUGGGCAGUUACUAGCGUUUCGUUGCUAUGGUUCGAUGGACGAUUCAUGUCAAUUGUCUAGAAAAGAAAUCCAUAAGAAACAUCACUGCCAGAUCAUACUCAUUAUUCAUGUCCUAUGUAACCAGCAAAUAACACCCAAAAGUGAAAAUUAAUCAAUUGCAGCCAUUACUUGAAACUACCAUCAUCUCCUAUUUUUAGUGUGUUUGUUUGUGUUUUUGUUAUCCUUGGCUUUCUCUAAAACGCGUUUCCAUUUGUUAAACAGAUUUCAACCUGCAGAUGGUUUUGAUGGAGAAUUUCAACCCACAUUCAAAACACCUGUUAUUCUUCUCAUCACUAAACCCCUAAUUAAUCUUGCUUGCCAUUCUAACCUGUAUAUUAUCCAAUCCAAAGCAGAAAUUAUAAAAUCUCUAUCGGGAGGGGUUAUUCAUUCAUAAGCCAUCAAUCCCCUUUUUCGUUUUUCAAAAUGUGUCGUUUGAGUAAUAGUUUGAUCAUCAUCGUAAACAUUUUAGCUCUAAUCAUUUCACUACCGUUCUUAAGUUUAUCAAUCAGUAAAGAAGUACAUGGGCCUGCAUCAAAUCAAACAGAAUGUCAAGAAAUCAUUAAAGUUCCAUUAUUAUCAUUUUCGGUGUUUAUAUUCAUUUUAUCUCUUUUGGGUAUAAUUGGUUCUUGUUGUAAGGUUUCAUCGUUUCUUUGGAUUUACAUUAUUGUUAUGUUCUUUGUAAUACUGGCUGUUUUUGGUUUCACCAUAUUUGUAUUUGUUGUUACAAAUAAAAGUGCUGGUAAAGCAUUGUCAGGGAAAGGUUAUAAUGAUAAUAGACUCGGUGAUUAUUCCAAAUGGUUACAACAGCAUGUUGAUGGGAAAAAUUGGGAUAAAAUUAGAACUUGUUUCGUCGAAGCUAAAACAUGCGAUCAACUUAGUAAAAUGACCAACGAACAGAAGCAAUCAGAUUUCUACAAGAAACGUUUGGCUCCCAUUCAGGCUGGUUGUUGCAAACCUCCUAGUUUUUGUGGGUUCACAUAUGUGAAUGCCACAGUAUGGGAUGUACCAAAAUCCGGGCCAGAAGCUGAAGACAGUGAUUGUACGACAUGGAGCAACAAUCAAGAUGUCCUAUGUUAUAACUGCAAAUCCUGUAAAGGUGGAGUUCUGGGAAGCCUAAAGAGAGACUGGAAACAACUAACCAUUUUUAAUAUCGCAAUACUGAUUUUCCUUAUCGUUAUUUACACUAUUGCCGGCUGCGCGUUCAGGAAUACGCGUAAUGAUUACUACAAGCGAUACCAAGGUUAUCAUUGAACGUAUCAAGCUUUUGUUGUUGCAUCCUUGAUUUAAUCAGAUAAUUUAGAUUUCGAGGAUUGAUUAAUGUUCAAGCUGCGAAAUGUCCGGUUAAUCAAUAUGUGCAGCUCCAUCAUCCAUCAGCGAUUAUUUCUAAUCAACUCGUAGGUACAUGUGUAUAUAUUAUUAACUUUAGUCAGCGCUCGCAGUUUCUUUUUCUUCUUUUUUCCUUUUUUUCUCGAACAGUGGUGAAGUUUGACUUUUGGAAAAUUACCGCACUAUUAAAUGAUGUGCAUAUUCUGUUCUACCACUGUUAUCUAUUCGAUUAAGGAUGCUAAAACUAUUUCUCUAUACACUUUUGAGUCUUUUAUCA